UCGGCUCACAAAAACAGCUGAGUACCUGGAGCUGAGUGUUGUAAAUCGCGGAUGAGGUCAUAAACGACAUCGCGAUUGAAAGUAUUGGUUCGCGGUUCGCCGUGCAUAAUCUACGCGCACGAAUAUUCAUCAAUCGUUUGCGUUUGUGACCGCGAACAGCUAUAGACGGUAGUUGGUGUAUCGGCGCGGCAGUAAUUUCAGUUUCAGUACUCAUUCAGCGGUGCUGCGAUGAUUGUCUUCGCGAAAUUCAACUUGUUCUAUUAGCCCCAGUGAUUGUUCAAACCGCAUCGCAUUUGGUUAUACCUUCCUAUGAUAAUAAUUUUCCCAGUUAUGUUCUUGAGUGUUUGUGAAUUUAAAUGAAAUUCGAAAGUGCGUUUGCUUAGAACUAAUCAAUCUAUCAAGCGUGUAUCCUAUCGGACGUCAUUCCUGGUACAACAAUAUUUCAAAUUCUUGACCUCAUUGAAUUGAGACAAUAAAUCUACAACAGCGCCGUCAGCAGAAGCAGAAGUAAUGGGGGAUAAAAAGAAGCCAGUCUACAUUCAGUAUUUGUUUGGAGGCCUUUCCGGAAUCGGAGCAACAUGCGUGGUACAGCCGCUGGAUCUGGUCAAAACUCGCAUGCAGAUUUCCGGCAUUGGAGGCGCGGUCAAGGAGUACAACAACACAUUCGAUGCCAUUGGCAAAAUCAUCAAGCGGGAGGGACCGCUCGCACUUUACAAAGGCCUGAGCGCGGCGAUUAUGCGCCAGGCGACGUACACCACCACCAGGUUGGGCGUCUAUACGUCACUCAAUGACGCGUAUAAGCAAAAGAGGAACAAAGCACCCAAUCUAUUGGAGUCGAUGACGAUGGGAAUGAUGGCCGGCGCUGUUGGAUCAUUCGUCGGUAAUCCGUGCGAGCUUAUCCUGAUUCGAAUGACCGCCGAUGGUCGACUACCGGUUGCGGAACGCAGGAACUACACAAACUUCUUCAACGCUUUCAUUCGUAUCGCCAGGGAAGAAGGAGUGUUUGCCCUAUGGCGAGGAUGUAUUCCCACCAUGGGCCGUGCUAUGGUUGUGAAUGCAGCACAACUAGCUUCUUAUACUCAGGCCAAGAGCUACCUCGUUAAUAGUGGAUAUUUCACGGAAGGCAUCGGUCUUCACUUCACUGCCAGCAUGUUCUCCGGUUUGAUAACAACUGCUGCUUCUCUACCAGUAGAUAUUGCGAAAACGAGAAUUCAAAAUAUGAAGGUAGCAGCUGGAGAAGUUGCUCCCUACAAGAACACUAUCGACGUGAUAGUGAAAGUUGUCCGGCAUGAGGGAGUUUUCGCACUAUGGAAGGGCUUCACUGCUUAUUAUGCACGAUUGGGUCCUCAUACCGUUCUGACAUUUAUCCUGCUGGAGCAACUUAAUGGGUUAUACAAUCAACACUUUAUGGGCGGCAAAGGUUCGAAAUCUGGACUGUGAGGAAAAACGGGUCUGCGAUAUCUUCAUCCCGUCCGCCAUCAACCGCCGACAGUCGCGAAACACAAAACAUGAACACACAACACAGUUGCAACUGUCUAAACAGCAUUUCAACGAACAAUCAAUUUGUUAUUCACUUUACAUUCAUUAAUUUUCCGUUUUGCUCUACAUUUUUGUGGCUUUAUUAUCUGUUUAGAAAAAAUCUUCAUUUAGAUUGUUAUUUCUUUAUUAAAUUUUAUGUUGUAACUCAA